AUGGAAUCUGAAGAGGAAUUUCAAAAAAAGGCGAAGCAGUUAUUCUAUAAAACUUCGGCACAGCAAGUAGGAUUGAGAGCAGUCGAAAUUGGUGAAAGGAGUAAGAAUGGUAUUGAUGGAAAAUUCACCAGACAUUUGCUGGACUCUGGAAUGUGGAGGAAUAAUGGGUUGUAUACAAGAGUGGAAAAUGAUAGAUAUAUAGAUGGAAGCAAGGAUUGGAUGGAUAAAAUAAACUAA